UCACCCCCUCCUCGCGAGCCCGGGAGCCACCGCCCCAUCAGCUGACGAGGCAGCGGAUCACAUGACAGGCGAAGUCCAGCGAGGCAACAUGGCUGCAACUGAGGGACCAUCUUUUUGGUUGGGAAAUGAGACGCUGAAAGUGCCAGCAGCACUCUUUGCUUUGAAUAGAAAACGUUUGUGUGAUCGAUUAAGGGAGAAUAAAGACGUCCAGAAGAAUGCUAUUGUUUUGAUGCAGGGUGGUGAGGAAGCCCAAAGAUACUGUACUGAUACCGGCAUUGUCUUUCGUCAGGAAUCUUAUUUUCAUUGGACUUUUGGAGUAACUGAACCAGACUGCUAUGGAGCAAUUGAUGUUGAUACUGGAAAAUCCAUUGUCUUUGUCCCCAAGCUCCCUGAAAGCUAUGCAGUUUGGAUGGGAAAGAUUCAUCCUCCCGAAUAUUUCAGGAAGAAAUAUGCUGUAGAUGAAGUACACUAUAAAGAUGAGAUAACCAGUGUCUUGGCUUCAAAGAAACCCUCAGUUCUUCUUACAUUGCGUGGUGUUAAUACUGAUAGUGGAAACAUCUCCAGGGAAGCUUCAUUUGAAGGAAUCAGCCAAUUUAAUGUGAACAAUAAAAUUCUUCAUCCUGAAAUUGCGGAAUGUCGUGUGAUUAAAACAGACAUGGAGUUGGAAGUUCUGCGGUACACCAAUAAAAUAUCCAGUGAAGCUCAUAAAGAGGUAAUGAAGGCAAUAAAAGUGGGUAUGAAAGAAUAUGAGAUGGAGAGCCUGUUUCAGCAUUAUUGCUAUACUCGCGGUGGCAUGCGCCAUACUUCUUACACUUGUAUCUGUGGCAGUGGCAACAACUCCUCUGUUUUGCACUAUGGACAUGCUGGAGCCCCAAAUGACAAGACUAUUGAAGAUGGAGACUUGUGCUUGUUUGACAUGGGAGGAGAAUAUUACUGCUAUGCUUCUGACAUUACCUGCACUUUUCCAGCCAAUGGAAAGUUCACUCCUGACCAGAGGGUCAUCUAUGAAGCAGUGCUUAAGUCAUCUCGUGCUGUAAUGAAGGCAAUCAAACCAG